AGUUUUCAUCCGAAUGAUUAUUCGAUAGUUCGCAUAAACUAUCGAAUAACAUUCGAUAGCCAAAAGUAUCCAGUUGCGCCCAUCACUGGACUCAAGUCCCGGAACAACGAAAACGAGUCACUCGUUUACUGUAUUACCGGCGAAAAAGGUAGAAACUGGAAUCGACCAAAGAAGUUCGGAAUAACAAAAUUCAGUUACUACCUGUUUCGCCGGUAAUACAGAAAGCGAUUUUGUCUUUAUUAAUGGGUCUUUGGAACAGACCGGCAGUCCGCAGCAAUGUGUGAAAAUUGAUAACGCAUACAUCUUAACAUUUAACACGGAUUUAUCAAAUAUUUAAAUAAUUUAUUGUUAACGUGUAUGAUACUUACGAAGUAAUCUGUAAAUUUACGACACUCUUAAUUUACUAAGAAAUAUAAAAUAAUUGUUUCCUUGAAGAUCUAAAAAUUAAUUUGGACAAGUUAAUUUGUAAAGCGUUAAAUAAUAAUGUUAUCGGUUUUGAACACCAGCGAAAGUACUCAUAAACGACAAAUCUUGUCAUCCGACGUUGAUUAUUAUGGUCGAUACGUCUGCACCAGUUCAGCCGACGGUACUAUUCAAAUUUCCGAUACAGUAGAAGUUGAUCAGAGUCCUAUUGUGGAACUAAAAGACCAUAUUGGGCCUGUAUGGCAAGUAUCAUUUUCUCAUCCCAAGUAUGGGUUUUUAGCUUCGUGUGGAUCUGAUUGCAAAUUAAUUGUUCGCAAAACAAACAAGUUAAAUGAAUGGGACACUGUCUACACAUACGAUGGACACAAGUUAUCAAUUACUUCAAUUGAUUGGGCUCAAUAUAGAACCGGAGCUAUAAUUGCAUGUGCAAGUGCUGAUGGCACGAUUUCCAUUCACACUAUGAAUAAUACUGAGUGGUCUGUUUUAAAAAUACCAAAUGCUCAUUUAAACGGCGUCAAUAGUAUAAGUUGGGCACCUUACUUAAUUAAUAAUCAUAAAGUAUUAAUUAGUGGUGGUAAUGAUUUCAAAAUUAAAAUAUGGCAAGAUAAAAAAUGUGCAUGGAAUUUAAUAUACGAAUCAGAAAGUCAACUGGCAACCAUCAGAGAUAUAAGUUGGUGUCCAAACCCAGGAUUACAAAAGCAUAUGAUUGCAAGUUGUACAUCCGAUGGCCGAGUAGUCAUCUGGGGAAGUGAUGACUGUUGUGAAUGGACUCAAAAUGAAAUUGACGAUUCAGAAAACGAAAAGUGGAAAGUUAGUUGGUCAAAUAUUGGUAACAUAUUAUCAAUAUCAAUGAACAAUUAUCUAGUGAAACUUUGGAAACAAGUUGAUAAAGACAGAUGGAUGUGUUUAGAUAGAAAAAUAAAAGAGAGACAACUUGAAUCUGAGCGACCAAACAAGAACUUAGAAAAUCAAGAUAUUUUUGCUACAUUAAUUUAAGAGACAAAUACAUGUAAGUGUAGAUUUUUAAAUGAAAACAAUUCACUUAUAUUUAUUUUAAAAAGGAAAACAUUUUACUAGCAUUGUAAUUUAACACUUGAAACAUAAUAAUUAAAUUAAACAGUAAAAUUUUUCAAAUGUG